AUGGCCAAAGCGAAGAGAACAAAUACUUCGAAAGCUACUGAAAACCGGACUAGAGGCCAAAAAAGACAAGCGACCCUAGAUAAAAAGCGUCAGAUAGCUAAAAAGAAAGCAGAAAAAACCAAUCAGGAGAAAAACCUUCAGAGGUUUCAGAAGCAAUGUGACAAAGUCAAAGCCCAGUUAGAAGAGGAAAAUGAUCCAGCAACCCGAGAGGAGCUGGAAACCAAACUCAAAGGGCUACUGUCAUCUUACAAUCAGACAGAAAGCGGAUUGAAACAGGUUGAAGAGGAUCUCAUGGAGCUUGAUGCAGAUAUGGCUCAACUUGAAAAUGAUGAGCUAGGUGGAAGGGAAGAAAGUGUGAAUGCAGGAAGGGAGGAAGGCAAUGCAAAUGCAACACAUAAUGAUCUUCACACAGACCAGAAAAGUGAAGGCGCAGACACUUCAGCUGCAGACAAACCAAAUGCAACACAUGAUGAUCCUCAUAUAGACCAGCAAAGGGAAGGCGCAGACACUUCAGCUGCAGACAAACCAAAUGCAACACAUGAUGAUCUUCACACAGACCAGCAAAGGGAAGGCGCAGACACUUCAGCUGCAGACAAACCAAAUGCAACACACGAUGAUCUUCACACAGACCAGCAAAGGGAAGGCACAGACACUACAGCUACAGACGAACCUCUCAAUAAACCUCCCAAUGAGCCAAAUUUGCCUAGCACGCAGGAUGAAACGCAGGAUGAAGACGGCGAUGACAAGAAUGAAAUGUUUGUUAGCCAAUCGGAGUCAUCAAACAGAGGUCAUCAGUCACAUGUGAAUCGGGAGCCUGACGAUGAUCCUCGUAGUGCAGAGCAGCCCUCUAUCCACAGAACGAAAGAAAGUUUCGACGAGAAUUCCCUUUCUAACAAGGAGCUGGCCCAUCGACCUACGACUUUCGAUGAUUUUGACCUCCAAAAUUUUGUUGAUUUGACUGGAGUUGAUGACACCCCAACCUUCUCCUUGGAAGACGGUACUGUCUCAAUUAGCGCGCGAGGUGGGAAGCUCUUCAUGAACUCAUAUGGGCCUAGAAAUAGCCCGAUGUUUAUCUGGAGUACCACAGCGGCCUCAUAUAGAGUUGAUAGAGUCACGCCACUUCUUGGAUCACCCCAUAAGCAAGCAAUGCUGAGGGAUGAUGAUGUUGAUGCGUACUUAUAUAAAGGAAAGAUAGGCCCUAUCAAAGCAAUUGCUUGGUUACCUAGGCAUGGUGGAGAUUCAAUGAGUAGCAUACUGGACUCUGUGGAGGAAUUGAAUCCAUCGAAGAAACUAGAGAACCCAAAGUACAGAUAUCCAUUCAGCACUGUCAUGGUUGACCUAGAGGAAAUUAAGGGACACAAGAAACAAACUGUUUGGAUCGAUCGUACUAAAUACAAAACACUCAGCAGCGCAGGAAAAGACUCGAAUGCGCGAACUGACAGAAAGUUCUACGCGAAAGCAUGUGAUCAAGUGAGAUACUUCAGAGAUUGGGCGGGCAAAGAUCUAGAUGAUUCGUGGAAAGGGGUACGAAGAGAAAGAAAAGAUGAGAGCCCAACUCCUCUACAGGAAACACCAACACCAGAGCCCGAAGAGGAUUCCCGAAAUCAAACCCGAUAUACUCGGAGUCAGACAGCCCAGACCCCAAAUGCCCAGAUCCCACGUGAAAAGGGUUCCCAAGGCGAAGUUCCCCUGGUUCCACAGUCAGUUGAUAAACCUUCAAUGGGAGAUUCACAACCAAAGAUAUCAAACGGGCAAAAUAUAUCCUCAGAGUCUGGCGAAACGGUCUCGAGUGAAGAGGAUGAAGAGCCAGAAUUGAUAAGCGAGUUCUACGAGUCGUUUUUGAUGAAAAAGGAUGUAGAACCGGAGACACCUUGGAGGGAUCUUGACGAUAAAAUCUUCGCACAAUUCAAAGCCGCCUCCAAGAUCUAUAUCAAAGAAUUGAAGAAACAGAAUCCGAAUCUGAAAAUUGUGGAUAAUAUGGGCUUUGGAAAGGCUUUCAAGAUGUGA